CGGAAAACUUCGCGCAAUGUUCGUGGUAAAAGACCUGCGCAAGGUGGCGGAGAUCGUGGCCGACCCAAAGGAUGCACGAGAACAGAUGCGGCUCGGACGCCGGUCAAGCGAGUUCCAAGGAAACCUGCGCAUUCUGUGCACUCCAGCGAACAUUCCAGCGUUCUCUCGAUUGACAAAGCUCUCCCUGUACGACAACCAACUCACAUCGAUCGAGGGUAUUGGCCUUCUUGAAUCCACUCCAUUGAGCAUCCUCGACUUGGGACAGAACCGUCUUGAACACCUUCCCGACGAGAUUGGAUGUCUUCGUCAUUUGAAGGAGCUCUGGCUAAGCAACAACUGGCUCACUUCCAUCCCUGACGCCGUUGUGACGCUACCGUUAUUGAACAUACUUCACCUUUCCAACAAUCGCAUCAAACACAUCCCUUCGACGAUCGGGGCAGCGUCGUCACUGCAGGUGCUGUCUUUGGACAACAAUCAGCUGGAGGAUGUCGCCGACGAGAUCGGGCAAUGCGUCGACCUCGUCGAGCUCAAUGUCCGAGGGAAUCAAAUUACAUCACUGCCGUUGACUCUGGGCAACUGUAAAGAGCUGGUUACGUUGGCCGUGAGCUCCAACGCGCUGAAAAUCCUUCCCGAGACAUUGGGCAAGUGCCACCACCUCACUACAAUCCAAGCCAACGGGAACCCGAUUGCCUAUUUUCCGACCGCGCUCAUUCCAUUUACAAACUUGCGCGUGAAUCUGGCCAAUACGGCUAUUACAACGUUUGACGUCGAAGUCGCCAGCAAGUGGAGAGUGCUGUCCCAUCUGCACAUCACAGCCAAAGAAUCCACACCAUCCGACGACACGAGCGUGCUCAUCGUCAGCGGCACGCCGUAUGCGAAGCUCGCCAUGGCAAAGAAGUAG